ACAUUGGGGGCCGAUCGUUGUGGGGCUGUGGAUCAUGCUCGCAGUGUGUCUCGCGUUUCGGUGCCGUGAACAACGUUAAAGUUGCGCGGGUUUAAAAAUAAACUUGGCAGAAGUAAAAAACUAAAAACGUGCGCAUAUAAAUAAACUAGUAAAUGUACGAAUUUUUAUACCCAUUUUGGUAAACAAAUGACAACCAUGGAACACACUUCCGAAUCGCCACCAUCGCCACCAUCGGCAACAGCAACAGCAACAGUACAAACACAAAGCCCAUCAGUUGCAAUAACUAAUUCCAAUGCCGAUCCAGAAGAUGUUACACUCGAUUCCAUACUGAAAUAUAUUGGCCAGUUUGGACGUUUUCAAUUAAUGAUAUUUCUCUUGAUUUGUUUGCCCAUGAUGUUUCACGCAAUGUUCUCCGUGACUUAUGUUUUCACUGCUGGAACGGUGACACACAGAUGUAACAUUACAGAAUGCGAUAGUCCUGAGAGUCGAUACGACGAGCCCUGGACGGAGUACAGCAUACCUAAGCAUGGCAAGGAUCUGGACAAAUGUAAUCGCUAUGAAAAUAAUCAAUUUUCCAGUUGGGAUCAGUUUCAGAACAUUUGUAUAGCCAACAAUUAUAAUAAGGACACAAUUGAGAGCUGUCCUGGUAAUGAAUUCAUCUUCCGCGAUCAAGAAAAAACCAUUUCCAAUGACUUCGGAAUUUUCUGCGACGAUGAAUGGAAACUCUCACUUGUGGGCACCAUAAACAAUAUCGGACAAUUCUUUGGCAUUCCGCUCGGGGGUUUUGUGGCUGAUCGCUAUGGUCGCAGCUUUUCCAUUGCGUUGGGAGGCAUUUUGGGCGCCAUAUUGGGAAUUGUGCGUUCCUUUUCGCCCAGUUAUGUGUGGUUCCUGGUCUUUGAGUUUCUGGACAAUGUGACGAGCAGCACCCUCUACUCCACAUGCUUUGUUAUCGGCAUUGAGCUGGUGGGUCCCAAGCGGCGAGUGCUCGCCUGCAGCGUUAUAACCGUCUUCUAUGCCGUCGGAGAGGUUGCUGUGGCCAUGUUCGCCAAGGCCUAUCAAAACUGGCGAACUCUGCUGCAGAUCACCUACACGCCAUCCCUCAUCCUUCUCGCCUACUUCUGGAUCCUACCUGAGAGCGUGCGCUGGCUAUUGAGUGUCGGCAAGGAGGAACGUGCCAAGAAUAUUCUGCGCAGAGCAGCCAAGGUCAAUAAGCGCAAGCUGUCGGAGAGUGUUCUGGACAAGCUAGUUAUUGCAAAUCAGGAGAAGCUGCAACAGUCCGAGGAGAGUAAAUUUCCAAUUCGUGAGGCAUUCAGCAACUUCAAAUGGCGCAUUGCCAACUGCUCCUUGUGCUGGAUUGUCCACGUCCUAGUCUACUACGGACUCAGCUUGAAUGUCGUCCUGCUGGACGGUGACAAGUACAACAACUUCGCAUACAUAGCGCUAGUGGAGAUUCCUGGCUUCUUUAUGCCCCUUCUGAUCAUGGAUCGCUUCGGCAGACGCUACUCCCUGUGCGGCCUUAUGUUGCUGAGUGGCCUCUGCUGCAUUGGCACCAUUUUCGCUGGAGGGGAUCAGCACGUUUUGCAACUUGUCCUCUUUCUGAUCGGCAAGCUGACCAUAACGGCCAGUUUUCAGGUUCUAUACUUCUUUGCCUCGGAGAUCUUUCCCACCAAUCUGAGAAAUAGCUUGCUCAGCUUUUGCUCAAUGAUGGGCAGAUUUGGUUCCAUGAUAGCACCACAAACGCCACUCUUGGCCAAGUAUUAUGCAAAUGCUCCUGCCAUUCUGUUCGCUUGCGCUGCCAUAUUUAGCGGGAUGCUGACGCUCUUCUUUCCUGAAACCACAAAUCUUGUAUUGCCCACAACUUUAAAGGAAGCGGAUGCCAUUGGGGUCAAGAAGAAGCCUUCAAAGGGCCAGGAGCUCAAUCUAUCCGCAUAGAUACACCCAAUAUAGGACUAGUAACUAUAGUUUUAAGUAAACCACAAGACAGCUGAAAGACAUAUCCAUUAUACAUAUAGUAUCAUAAAAUAUACCAUAUAAAUAAACACAUUUAUUUUUAGAACUA